UUAAGGUUUAAGAAAAGGUUUUGUUUUGGUCCAGCUUCAUAACAUUAUCUGUGUUUAUGCGUGUUUUAGUUCUUAUCGUAGUUAAUUUUAUAAAUUUAUCAUCAGCUGAUGACAUUUCGGUUAUGUAUAUAUUUUUUGGCUGUUGUUAUAUUAGGGAAUGGAAGAUAAACAACUGAAUCGCUACUAUGGAUGUUUGACAUUUGUUGCUAAACAAAGAUCUCAUGAUCUUUGUGGUAGUAAUGGUUUACCCUUAACUCCAAACUCUAUUAAAAUUUUGGGGAGGGCGCAGUUCUUGAAAACGCUGGAACAUCCUAAUUUAUUUACUUACAUAGAUGUUCUUCGAGGAAAACAUGAAAGAACUGUGAUUGUUAGUGAACAGUAUGGAACUCCUUUAUCAGAAUUCACUUUUGAAAAUAUUAUUGAAAUAUUAGGAUUAGCUAAAGAUGUUUUGAAAGCUUUAUCUUAUUUACAUAGCAAAGAUAUUACUCAUCGAUCUCUUUCAAAAAAGAAUAUAUUUUUUACUAAUCCUCAAUGGAAAGUUUUUAAUUAUGGAUUGUAUUACAUGACUGGAAAUGGCACGGAUGUCUUGUUUCCAAUAGGAGAUAUAAAAUAUUUUGCACCUGAUGUUAUUCUCCAGGGACCACAUGAGAAAACAUCUGGAAAAGCAGAUAUAUGGUCCUUAGGAAUAAUCUUAGCUGAAAUUUUGUUAGAUUGUGAUAUUUUUUCUAAUGAAUCAUUAAGUACUUGCAUUAAGGACUGUUUGUCUUUCAUUGACAUAAAUGAUGUUUUUUAUGAUAUAGCGAAGAAAUGCAAUAAAUGUGACAUAUUAAAGAAACUUCCUUAUGAAAUUAUUCUAUUAGUAAACAAAAUGCUUAAAACCAACCCCAUAGAUCGACCAAGUGCUCGAGAACUGUUAAAGGAAGAUAUUUUUGCAUUACUCACUUUUGAAAAAGUUAAUAACAAGAAAAAUCAAAGUUCAGCCUAUUUACCUCUUGAUCGAAAUUUAUUAUUAGAGUUAUACCAUUAUUGGCAGCUUGCAGGCGGUGAUGUUUAUCAAGAAUUAAAAAAAGAAGGCCUUAUCAGAACAAAACCGGCUGUUCUUUCAAUUCCAAAUUUACUACUUCUUGAAGGAACAACAUUUGGACAAACUGUUAAUGAUGCAAGAAUUUUUGAAGAGCAGCUUAUUUUUUUAACUAUUAACCACUUAAUAGAACGCUUUAGGAAACUUCCAAAGAUAUAUAGAUACCCUGAUUUGAAUAACAGUUUUAUUAUCUCCAAAGAAACUUCUGAAAUGGCUUCACUGCCUUUGGCAAUCAAAGAAAGAGAUAUCGAUUAUCAAUUUAAAAGGAUACAGCUUUUCAAGAAAAUACUGAAGUUUCUUCCAUCAGAGCAUAAUAAAAUACUUAGAGAAUCCCGUCAAGAUAUUCCUCCAUUUCUUCGUGCUAUCAUUUGGUCUAAGAUCUUGGAAAUAGAUAAUGAUUAUUUAUAUCAAUAUACUUGUAUAGACAAAGAAACUCCUAUGCCUACAGAUAGGCAAAUUGAAGUUGAUAUUCCAAGAUGUCAUCAGUACAAUGAGUUGUUAUCUUCCAGUGCUGGUCAUACAAAAUUCAAACGAAUUUUGAAAGCAUGGGUUAAGAGGCAUCCUGAAUAUGUUUAUUGGCAAGGUUUAGAUUCAUUAUGUGCCCCCUUCUUAUAUUUAAAUUUUAAUAAUGAAGCCAGAGCAUACUCCUGUCUGAAAAAAUUUAUUGAUAAAUACUUGCAUAAUUUCUUUUUGAGGGACAACUCCGCAGUAAUAAAAGAAUAUUUAGCCAAAUUCAAACAUUUAAUAGCUUUUCUGGAUCCUCUUUUAGCUACUCAUCUGUUAAAGAUUGGAUUCUCACCAGAAUUAUUUGCCAUACCUUGGUUCUUAACUAUGUUUUCACAUGUGUUUCCUAUCCAGAAAAUUUUGAAUUUAUGGGAUUCAUUAUUACUUGGUAGUGCAUCGUAUCCAUUGUUUAUUGGAUAUUCUGUUUUACAACAACUUCGCUCAGUACUAUUGGAGUCUGGGUUUAAUGAAUGUAUUCUCCUUUUUUCGGACUUGCCUGAAAUAGAUAUAGAAAAAUGUGUUAAAGAUUCAAUGUUAUUUUAUGAGUCCACACCCAGAAGUGUUACAUACAGGCAAAAUGAAGUAGUAGAUAAAAAUGAAAAGGCACUUUUUGAUGGACUGGAUCCACCGGCUGUGACUAUUGAUAUUAUUACUAAUGAGUGCUGUCCUAGAAUAAGUAAUGCAGAAUUAAAAGUCAUGGUUCAAAACCCAAUACUGAAAACAAAACUUUUGAUUGUUGACAUUCGACAUCCAACUCUAUAUAAUGAAUCAAAUAUACCUGGGAGUCUAAAUAUUCACACUGUGGAUCUAAAGCUGGAAAAACAUAUAGAUAACUCUUUAAUGCAUAAAUCAGAACUCUCUGUUUUAUAUAACAACAAGGGAAAGAUAAUUACUGUGAUUGGAGACAAUGAUAAAAAAACUUCUGAGUUUUGCAGUUUUCUUCUCAAGAGCGGCUUUCCUAAAGUUUGCAGUUUGAAUGGAGGAUUUAGAACAUUAUACAUGAAUGGAAGACCUUUUUGAUGAUCUGAUAAGAUUAACUUUUUCAAAAUAUAUUAUAGACUACAUUAUUGUUCUGAAGCUGUGAAAUAUCUUUCACCUCCAUAUAAUUUACUCAUAACUUGAUGAGGUGUAAUUUAAAAACAAAACAAAAAUAGGUUUAUAUUUAAAGAUAUAAAUACAAUUAAUACAUUUAUGUAUAAUUAUAAAAGUAAUGUUUAUGUAUUAUGUGAUACCUCACUGGAUGGCUAGCAAAAGGUAGCUUAAAGGCUAUUAUGUUAUUCUAUUUAUUUUUAUUCGUUAUUAUAUAAAAAAUUAUUCAUAUUUAUGAUUAUUAAUUAUUAAUGUAACUAGUUAAAAGUGAUAAAGUUAUUGAAUUAUGUACAAAUAUUAGUAAAAUAAUGUUUUGUUGAAAUUUUUAAUAAGAUUAAUAUACAAUCUUAUGUGUAUGAGAUUCUAAUUAUUCAAAUUUAAAUUAAAAUAUUUUAUUGUAUUUUGAAUUUUGGAACAAGUGAGUUUUCAUUUCAUUAAAUCUGUUUUUAGCCAUCCAUGAGUGAUAUUAAAUUGACAAUUGAUUCUCUUCAGAUGCACAAUUGUUAUUCUCACCUUGUUCUAGAUGUUAUUCUAGAAUAUUACACCCAACAAUUUUUAUUUUAUUUUUACAUUCCUUUGUAAAAUUGUGCAUUUGUGUUGAAUCAACACCCAUUAACAAUUGUUAGUUUGAGGA